AUGGCAAAGAAGAAGAAACCACUGCGAAAGCUAGUUUCUCCUGUAGGAGACCGAGAGCAACAGUUGAAUUUGGAAGAAAAUCUGAUAAUCUAUAGUGUGGAUAACUCUCGAGUGGAGUUGUGCAAGGAAGAUGCUGGUACGGGGGCAGAUGAAGUCGGAACUGAAGAUUUAGGGGUUCGUCCUUGUGUUGAGGACGUUGGGUUUGAUGAUUCUGAGCCUCACGAAGUCUUGAUCGAGGAUUCAGAUCCGGUUGAUUCGAUUUCCAAACGAAUGUCUUGGGCAGACAAAGUGGAGACGAAUGAUUUUCAGGCAUCAGCUCAGAAGCAGUGGCAGAAAUUUCAGGCUGGUAAUCUCUCUUUUUCAGAUCAGAAGCUCGAAUUUACUGAACCUAUUUUCAGAGAAGGAUGGAAGUUUGCUCAAAUUGAUGCCGAGGAGGUUAAAAUGCAAUCCACUAACUGGAGUUUGGCAGUCAUAUGUAUGGUGUUGGGAGCCAACCCACCUAUGACUGUCUUUGAAGGUAUCAUCAAGAGGGUUUGGGGUCACCUAGGGAUAACUCAGAUAGCUAGAAUGACGAUGGGUUUAACAAUGGUAAAAUUCAAUGAUGAUGCUACAAGAGAUCAUGUCCUUGAAAAUGGCCUUAUCCAUUUUGAUAGGAAGUCGGUCAUAGUUAGGCCAUGGACAACGGACUUGAGUGCAGUCCGUCUGGUUCGCACUGUCCCUCUUUGGAUUCGCCUUCAAGACUUAGGGCUUCAAUAUUGGGGUAGCAAAUGCCUCAGUGCUUUAGUUAGCACCAUAGGUAGGCCGAUCAUGGUAGAAAAAAUUACUAGGGAACGGUCUCGUGUACAAUUUGCUCGAGUUUUGGUUGAGAUGGAAAUCACGGAUAAUCCUCCGAAGAGUAUUCAGUUCAUUAACGAACAUGGUCAGAUCAUGGAGCAAGGAGUUGAGUACGAAUGGCUACCGAUUAAGUGUAAAACUUGUGCUGGUUUUGGGCACUCAAUGGCAGAAUGCAGAAAAGAGAUGAAAGUUCAUUGGGUUAAGAAAGUAACAAAGGCCCAAAUAGAGGAGGAGCAGAAAUCUGGGGUAUAG